UUUCUCCAAAACUUUCUGUUAGAAUUUGGAUCUCAGCACACACACAAUACAGUUUUUGAACUUCUCUUUCUCUUGUUCCGAUCAUUUUUUAUUUAAAUUAUAUUGAUGUAUGGCGUCGACGGAGCAAUUGAUGGGCGGCGGAGGGCCGAAGUACGUGCAAAUGCAGGCGGAGUCGUCAUCGCCGCCGUCGGAGUUGACGCCGAUGAUUUCGACGUUCCUCUCGUUUGAUCAGCCGAACAAUCCGCACGACGACUCGAAUCGGAUUUUCGACGAGUUGCCCCGAGCUUCGAUUAUUCAAGUUUCGCGGCCGGACGCCGGAGAUAUUAGCCCCGUACAACUGACUUACACGAUCGAAUUUCAAUACAAAGAGUUUAAGUGGCAGUUAGUGAAGAAAGCUUCUCAAGUUUUCUAUUUGCACUUUGCUCUGAAGAAGCGAAAAUUUAUUGAGGAGAUGCAUGAGAAGCAAGAGCAGGUCAAAGACUGGCUUCAAAAUUUAGGAUUAGGAGACCAUGCACCAGUUAUGCAGGAUGAUGAAGAGCCUGAUGAUGAGACGGUUCCUUUACGAAACGACGAUAUGGUUAGAAAGAGAGAUGUUCCGUCUAGUGCCGCUCUCCCAGUUAUUCGGCCGGCACUUGGAAGGCAGCAUUCUAUGUCUGAUCGAGCAAAAGGAGCGAUGCAGGAAUACUUAAAUCAUUUUCUGAGCAACAUAGAUAUUGUGAAUUCCCAAGAGGUGUGCAAGUUUUUGGAAGUUUCCAAGUUAUCUUUCUCUCCAGAGUAUGGCCCUAAGCUUAAGGAAGACUACAUUUUGGUGAAGCAUUUACCAAAGAUUUUGGAUAGUGCCGAUAACAGGAAGUGCUGUUCAUGUCAAUGGUUAUGCUGUUGCAGAGAUAAUUGGCAAAAGGUCUGGGCUGUCCUAAAACCUGGAUUCUUGGCCUUUCUUAAGGACCCUUUUGAACCCAAGCCUUUAGACAUCAUCGUUUUUGAUGUUCUACCAGCCUCAGAUGGAAAUGGAGAAGGCCGUGUAUCUUUGGCAAAAGAAGUUAGCGAUCACAAUCCAUUGCGUCAUUAUUUCAGGGUGACAUGUGGAACUAGAAGCAUAAAACUUAGAACCAAAAGCAAUGCAAAAGUAAAAGAUUGGGUAGCCGCAAUCAAUGAUGCUGGUCUUCGACCACCUGAAGGUUGGUGUCAUCCACAUCGAUUUGGCUCUUUUGCACCCCCUCGGGGUCUGAUUGAGGACGGUAGUCAAGCUCAGUGGUUUGUAGAUGGUCGCUCCGCGUUUGAAGCUAUUGCUGUGGCCAUUGAGGAAGCAAAAUCAGAGAUAUUCAUAUGUGGGUGGUGGCUGUGCCCAGAACUAUACCUACGGCGUCCAUUCAAUUUUCAUGCGUCUUCCCGGCUUGAUUUCUUACUGGAAUCUAAAGCCAAGCAAGGCAUUCAGGUAUAUAUUCUUCUAUACAAAGAGGUUUCUUUAGCUCUCAAAAUAAAUAGUGUACACAGCAAGAGAAAGCUUCUGGGCAUUCAUGAGAACAUCAGAGUACUUAGAUAUCCAGACCAUUUUUCCACUGGAGUCUAUCUAUGGUCCCACCAUGAAAAACUUGUCAUCGUGGAUCACCACAUUUGUUUUAUUGGAGGUCUUGAUCUGUGCUUUGGUCGUUAUGACUCUGGUGACCAUAGAGUGGGUGAUUAUCCAUCUCAAAUAUGGCCUGGCAAGGACUAUUACAAUCCGCGGGAAUCAGAACCAAAUUCCUGGGAGGACACAAUGAAGGAUGAAUUGGAUCGCUUAAAAUAUCCACGCAUGCCUUGGCAUGACGUCCACUGUGCCCUUUGGGGGCCACCUUGCCGUGAUGUAGCCCGACAUUUUGUACAGCGAUGGAACUAUGCAAAGAGAAAUAAGGCCCCAAAUGAACAAGCGAUUCCCCUGCUCUUGCCUCAGCACCACAUGGUCAUUCCCCACUACAUGGGAAAAAGCAGAGAGGUAGAGAUUGAUGAUAAGAAUGACAAAGGCAAUCAUAAAGAAUUGAAAAGCAGUGACUCAUUUUCCUCGUUAUCAUCGUUUCAAGAUGUCCCGUUGCUUAUGCCUCAAGAGGCUGAUGGGCUAGAUUCUGUCCAAAUAGAACCGAAGUUAAAUGGGUUUAACACACUGCAUGAUACUCAUGGUCAGCCAAGCAGGCCUAGUAGGAGCCCUUUCUUUUCCGGUAAAAGCAAAAUCGAACCAUUGAUCUCGGAUAUUCCCAUGAGGGGUUUUGUAGAUGAUCUUGAUACCUUGGACAUCCAAAAUGGAUUGUCUUCCCAUGUGAUGCAGUCCAGCUCGGAAGUUCCAAAUAAGGAAUGGUGGGAAAUUCAGGAAAGAGGUGGUCAAGUUGUUCCUGCUGAUGAGAUUGGACAGGUUGGCCCGCGAGUGUCAUGUCGCUGUCAGAUUAUUAGGAGUGUCAGCCAGUGGUCAGCUGGUACAAGCCAGAUUGAAGAAAGUAUUCACAAUGCAUACUGUUCCCUUAUUGACAGAGCAGACCAUUAUGUCUACAUUGAGAAUCAAUUCUUCAUCUCUGGUCUAUCGGGUGAUGAAAUUAUUCAAAAUCGUGUUUUAGAGGCAUUGUAUAGGCGUAUUAUGCGUGCUGUCGACGAAAAGAAGUGUUUCAGGGCUAUUAUUGUCAUACCUCUACUACCCGGUUUCCAGGGUGGAGUGGACGAUUCUGGUGCUGCUUCUGUGAGAGCUAUUAUGCAUUGGCAAUAUCGAACAAUAUGCAGAGGAAACCGUUCAAUACUGCAUAACCUCUAUAACCUUGUUGGCCCUAGAAUGUAUGAUUAUAUAUCUUUUUAUGGUCUGAGAGCUUAUGGAAAACUUUUUAACGACGGACCUGUCGCCACUAGUCAGGUUUACGUUCAUAGCAAGAUCAUGAUUGUUGAUGAUCACACAACAUUGAUUGGCUCUGCAAAUAUUAACGACCGAAGUUUGCUUGGAUCUAGAGAUUCUGAGAUUGGAGUACUUAUCGAGGACAAAGAAUUUGUUGACUCAUGGAUUGGGGGAAAGUCUUGGAGAGCCGGAAAAUUUGCGUUGAGUCUUCGCCUUUCUCUGUGGUCUGAGCACAUUGGUCUUCAUGCUGGAGAGGUUGACCAAAUAAGAGACCCUGUGGCUGAUUCAACCUACAAGGAUAUAUGGAUGGCAACUGCAAAGACAAAUACGAUGAUCUACCAAGAUGUCUUCUCCUGUAUACCCAACGACCUAAUACACACAAGGGCUUCAUUACGACAAUCCAUGAGCUUUUGGAGGGAAAAAAUCGGGCAUACGACCACGGAUUUAGGAAUAGCUCCCGAAAAGUUAGAAACCUUCAAAAAUGGUGACAUUAAGGGCACAGAUCCUAUGGAGAGAUUGAAAUCCGUGAAGGGAAAUCUAGUUUCGUUUCCUUUGGAUUUUAUGUGCAAAGAGGAUUUGAGACCUGUGUUUAACGAGAGUGAAUAUUAUGCGUCCCCUCAAGUUUCUCAAGAUGACGAUGGAAAAGCCUCUGAUGAACCAUCUGAUGAUUUAGACUUUGGAACUCGUCAAACGAAAGAAGACCCUCAUUUCGAUUCCGGGAAACAAACGGAUGUCCCCGAGCGGCCUGUAUUAGCAACAAGAACAAAAUCAGAAGCUCUGAUGAAGAAGGCCAAUGAUCAUGAGGAUAAUCAUAACACACCGGAGGUUGUUCUCGAUCAACCACUACAGGAUGUUCCCGAGCGGCCUGUAUUAGCAACAAGAACAAAAUCAGAAGCUUUGAUGAAGCGUGCCGCUGAUUGUAUUCGUGCGCCUUCUCCACCAGUUAGCACUACGUUUGAUGAUUUGGAUCCAUUUUCUCCACUUGAUACACAAUUCCUUGAAGAAGUUGAUAGAAAUACGGCAGUAAAAUUGAAGAAUUCAUCGAAGGAGAAAGAACAGAUUAUUGCAAACCUGAAAGUUGAUGUCCACAAGGGGUUAGAUGUCGGCAACGCAUUGACAUUGACUCCGCCAUCCUUUGAUUUAAACAUUGAGGGUCUCCCAUCCACACAACAAUUGAAAGUGGACAACAAAGUACCACAAGACCAGCCAAUGGAGAUACUAAUGGAGACUGGAGAAAUUGUAAAGACGAACGUCGUGCAGCCCCAGUGCUAUGAAGUUGCACUGAUACCAAAACCAAACACCACGGUAUUAGGAUCUCGAAAGUUAAACACUGGCGGUUUUCUGAAGUGGUAUUUGAUUGGUUCACUCAAGAGAGGUCGCAAGUUAAAUGACGGCGACUGUGGAAUAUCCGUGGCAUCUUAUGCGGAGCACAUCAUAACCGACGUUGAUAUUACUACAAAGAACUUUGAUGUUGACAUCGAGAGGGAAAGGUAUACGUACUUGUUGUACACCCACGGUUUAAAGAAGCAGCAAAACGAGUGUGGAAGUGAUGAUGAUUCUCUUGGUCUGUUGCCCAAUGACGUCCGUCUUAGUCUAUUAGAAUGA